AAUAAAGACAUUCCACAUCUGAGAUAAGUCGAAUAUGGAACUGGUUUAAAACCUAAAUGACAACUAAUCAGGCGUUUCACAGAAUAAGUUUAAAGAAUCCGUUUAGUUAAAAUGAUGCAUUAUCAGCAAGUAUCUACUGUUCAAACUGAUCUGCCCCUAAAUGGAGACGCCGAUGCCCAUUUUGAAUUAGAAGAGGAAAAGUGCAAGGUCUAUAAAAAACGAUGGUUUAUGUUGUUUAUGUUCUUCGCUGUAUCUGUGAGCUGUAUAAUGAACAUUAUGCAAUACGCCAUUAUUGCAGAUGUUAUUGUUAAGUACUACGGAGUUACAUACAUGGCAGUAAAUUGGAGCUCGACGAUUUAUUUAUUAAUGUACUUAGUGCUUGGUUUUCCUUCAACUUUCAUACUAGAAAGAUGGGGUCUACGUGUCACCACUCUAAUGGGGAUGGGCUUUACCACAUUGGGGACCUGGAUAAAAGUAGGCGCAGUCUCCCCAGAUCGAUACUGGGUGCUAAUGCUAGGUCAGGUGAUUAUAUCAAUUUCAAAGGUUGUAGUAAUGCCAGUGCCGCCAAAACUGGCAGCCGUUUGGUUUCCGGCCAAGGAAGUAUCCUCAGCUUGCAGUAUUUCCGUAAUAGGCAUACAAAUGGGACUGGCCGUGGGGUUCCUGGUACCUCCCUUUUUUUUUCAAAGCGGAGCACAGGGCGAGGAUGACAUUGCCGGCUCACUGUACCGUAUGAAUAUAUCAUUGGCAGUUGUGGAUACAGCGAUUCUUGUUGUACUACUAAUAUUUUUUAAGGGAGCGCCCCCAUCACCCCCAUCAAUCGCUCAAUCAAAGAUCGAAAAGGAUAAGGGUUUCUUGGAAAUGGCAAAGAUAAUUGUGUCCAACCGAACAAAUAUAUUUCUAAUAAUCUCCUUUGGUAUUGUCAUCGGGCUUCUGCUUACCAUCAGCACGUUGCUAAACCAAAUAAUUCUGAAGCACUAUCAUGAUGGUCGUGAGGACGCCGGUUUCAUCGGGCUGGUCAUGGUGCUCUCAGGCAUGGUUGGGACGUUAUCUUGUGGCGUUAUUUUAGACAGAUAUGGAAAAUUUCAGCAAGCCGCUCUACUUCUGUCAAUUUUGGGUGCAUGCUCAAUGCUAUGCUACACCUUCGCGAUUCAUAAAGGAAUACUAUUAGCAUACUUCAUCACGGCCAUUUUCGGAUUCUCGACGUUGGGAAUGCAGGUAACGGGAUUGGAAUUAGGAGCGGAACUUACUUAUCCAAUUCCACAAGGGAUAACUGCCGGAAUACUCAUGAUGUCGACUCAAGCGUUUGGAAUAGCGCUGACGUAUUUAUAUUCCCAAAUUUUCAAAGCUUACGGUGACUUUUUCGCCAACCUGACAAUGUUUUUCAUUUAUGUAGUUGAAUUCAUCCUUAUGUGUACAUUAAAAUAUAACUUACGGAGGCGCGCAAUCGAAAAAACCCGCUCUCUGCGAUGAUCUUUCCGCACAGAUUUUCCGACACAAUUACGAUUCGUAAUAAAAUCCAUAGGCCUAAUCAAUAUUCAUUGUUUGAUUGUUUUAUAAAAAAGAUAAGGAAUGUCAAGGCCUUUGUUCGUGAACUUCGUACAUAUAUAAAUUUUAGAAAUAUUUCCGUAGUCAAGGUAUUCAGUAUGAUGGCAUAUUAUUAAUUUUUUAAUUCUACAAUAAUUUAGCUUAAAGUACAAUUUUUAUUAUUAUCGACUAUUGUUACAUAAACUAAUGAUGUUAGUCGUGAUGAUUUUUUUGAAGCAAAAGAAGAUCCAAAGCAUUGUUUAGGCGAACUUGUUAUUCCUCACUAUAUUUAUAUUCUAUAGUCAUAGAACGGUAGGAAAUUGUCUGUUAGUCAUGAUGCUAGUGAUAAGAUUCUGUAAAUAACCGUUCUACUGUGAAAAUAGUAAUAGUAAUGCAUAAAUGUUUUUACCAUUGAAUGGUAAUAGUAACAAACACGUUUAAUAAUAAAUAAUUAUGUGGAAUUAAUAGAUGUCGCGAAUUUGGUUCACGUGUGGAAAUGGACGAGCUUAAUGAAUCAUGAGGGACCUUCAACAAGUGCAAAUUACAGGUGUUACUAAUAUUAAGUAGUGAAAUUAAAUUUUAAUGUAAAUUUAGGUAGUAGUUUACAUAUUUUAUUGUUUAUCGAAUUAUGUCACUUGUCUUUGGGAAGGAUGCGUGAUCGACUGGGAACUCACUGGUGCCAAUGGAUUUUUCCCAAAUUGGAUAUAUGACUUUUAGUACAAUAAAAUGUCCAAAAUAGUUUAUUUAACUAUGACCUAAAGCACUGCUUUUGGGGGAUCUUGGGCAUUUACGGUUGUACACUAUGAAAUGUAGUCACAAUGCACUAAUACAGCAAAAAAUAAAUAAUUUAUUGAUUUGUAUAGGUUCGUGUAUGACGACCAAUGUCAGCUCCAGAAAGUAGCAUAAUUCCACGAAUUUUCUAUACUGCCAUCCAUAAGUAGAAAACACAACGAGAAACAAUUCUUUUUCUCUUCCAUAUUUAUUCACGCAACCAAAACAUCAGUGAUUGUUACUAGUUUCACACUUGGUAACCAUAGUUUCACCUGCCUAGAUAAAAGUAAUGUUAUCCUUGCUGAAUUAAUUGGAUGGAUCAACUGAAUGAGGACCUUUAUGCCAAUCAAGAAAGUUGGCUAAGCUAAAAAUAGAAAUAAAACCA